AUGGCCGUCUCUACCUCGAAGUCGAAGGUUGAGAGAAUGGAAGAAGAUGAUAUUCUUUAUGAAGAAGAUGAUAUCCAAUCACCUCCGGUGACAUCUCCCUUACCUGUUCCAGGUUCUCAAGCUUCUUCCCUUGCUACAGCUGCUCUACCGGUUGACUUCCUAAUGUCAUUACAGGACACAAUGAACAAUAUGUCUCAGUCCAUUGCCUCAAUGGGGACUGCCUGGCAGAAUAUGGGUAAAAUGUCUUCGGAUAAAGAUUCUAAUUUAUCCUCCUUACAGGCCUAUACCAUUCCUAAAAGGAAGAGAUCUCGAUCUAGAUCCCCUAUUAGAAGUCAUUCUCUUUCGCAUAAAAACGUGUACACGUGUUCUUUUGAAGAUAACAUUGCUCUCAAUAAACCAACCGCAAUGAGCAGCAUAUAUGAAGGCGAAGCAUCUUGUAAGGCAAAUAACGGGAAUUUCGAAGGCCAUAUUCAUACCCUAAAUUCUGACCUGGAAUGGUGGUGUGUUGACCUGUUGAAAACAUACAAUUUUGGAUCUGUGGUUAUAAAUAACAGGAAAGAAACAACACAGAGUGAGUAUAUCGGAAAACUACCAGGCAAGAUACCCAGACGAAAUAUUAAAAAUCUUGUGGACGAACCCAAACUACAACAAGAGUUAACGAGUUUGAAACGUCUUAUUCAAGUGGAUAAAACAAGUCAGUUGCAAAAUUUAAUAUCUAAAUUAGACGAUAAGAUUACGAACGUAAAAAUAGAUGUCCAACAUUUAAUAGACAACCCAAAUGUAAACGAGGAUAGAUUGAAACGAAAACUAACCGCUUUGGAAAGAAAACUUGGCGAAUUGCUAGCAGAACUAGACAAGACCGCGGACAAAACCGAGUUACAAAAUUCGAUAUCCAAUUUGAACGAAAAGAUCGCGAAGCAAAAAUCAGAUGUUCAAGAUAUAAUUAACACACUUCCCAUUGACAAAGAUACGUUGAAACGAGAAUUGACUGCUUUGGAUACUAAAAUCACGGACGAAUUAGAAAAAGAAGUGGGUGUGAUUAAAAACUUUCUUCAAAAUAAAUUUCGAGAUGAUAUGAAAAAUUAUAUUAAAGAACAGGUCAAUCUUUUAGUAUCUAGAAUUCAUGACGAUUUUUUGAGACAAGAGAGAAAGUUGACCAAAUUAGAAGCUAUUGUCACGGACAAAUCGUAUUAUUUCAAUCUUCCAUUCGAAAGUGACAUUGUCUUCGAUAGAAAAGACCAAAUUUAUAAAUCAAACAAAUACGGAUUCAAAGCAGAAAUAAAAGUGGGUUCUCUCGCAUACGGAGAACCUAAAAGCGUAUUCGAUAUCGGCGAAACGCAAGAGUUUUCUUUUCGAGGAAAAAUAAUUUUAAUGAAAGACAAUUUCCAAGAAAUCAAUAGGUCGAGAGUUGGUAGAGGAGGAACUGAUCUACUUAAAAAGAUAAAUGAAUACGAAUGCAAAAAUUGUUUCAUUCCUACAGAUGGUCAUUGUUUUAUCAAAUGCGUCAAUCGUGUUUUGAACAAAGAUUUAACGUGUAAAUUUCAAGAAUACAUCAACGGGUUUUCAAAAGCAAAUAGAAAAGGAGUGAUGACUUGUGCUAGAAUGAAGGAAUUCAACAAGAAAUUUAACACUUCGUUUCAAAUUUAUAAUCCCAAAAACAGACAUUUUCACCCCAGAGACGUGCAUGAUGAAUUAGAUUGGGUUUUUUACUUACACAACUCGCAUUUCUGUUUGAUUAGAAGAAGCCAAAAAAGUUUGGGAAUUCAAGAAAUAGAAGACAAUUACGAACAGGUGUGGAAAACGUGUAGAGACGACAACGCAGUAACACAGGUUUCACCUCUCAAACUAAACGUGCUUUCAAGUAUGAGUGAUGAUGCGUUAUUCGCUUGGGAUUGCGAAACAUUUAAAGCCGCCAGAUCCCAUUCCAGAAGAAUUUUACUCAUGACUAAUAUAGUAGAAAUAUUUGUAGGUACAGAUUGCAUCGAUCAAAUGUUGAAAUAUUUAGGUCAAUAUGAUAGAAAGAGAUUAAUAUUAAUUUCUCAUAACGGCAGUGGAUUCGACAACUGGAUCGUGCUUAAAAAUGCAAAAAAACUAACGCAUUGCCCUUUAAAAACACCCAGAGGAAUUCUAUCUUUUCCUUUAUCUAAUCCAUACACGGAUGAAGAUUUACAGAAAAAAUGGAAAAGACAGAAAGAAAUAAAGGGUAAUUAUUUACAACAUAUUAAUUUCACGUGUUCCUAUCAACAUGAAUCCUCUAGUUUGGCUGCAUGGGGAAAUUCUUCCAAUCUUCCCGCGAAUUUGAGAAAGAUUGCCGACGCAGAUAUCGCUAAAUACACGCAAGACAACUGGGAGGAAUUGAGACACGAAUGGGAACCUUACGCCAAGAGAGACACUCUCUGUAUGGGAGUUUGUUUGAUAAAAUACAACCAAGUCACGAAAGAAGUUGUAAACCAGAAUAUGUCCAAUAAUCUAACGGCUCCAUCUUUAUCUUUAAAGAGUUGGUAUUAUUUAUAUCAUUACGAUAAAGAAAUGGUUGAAGAAGAGUGGUAUAAAAAUACUAGAAUGGUUGCGAAACAUACCGAAAAAGAAAAUAUAGAAAAAGUUUAUUCGUACACAAAUCCUUUUAUAAGAAAUUUUAUCAGACGAUCUAUUAAAGGAGGAAGAGUUUCGGCAAAUAGAAAAUCAUUUGAAACGAACAAAAUGGAUGAAAUUUGUAACGUAUUAAAGGAAUAUAUUUCACAAACAGAAAGUAAUAACAUAAUUGAUUUAUUCAAAGAAUACAGCGCAAGCACAAAAGACAAAACGGAGGUUCAUUCGAGACUUAAAAAAAUAGAAUGUACUAAACUAAUGGCAUUUGAUGCUAACGGUUUAUACGCUUCCGCCAUGUCGGAUUUAGACAGUGAAUAUCCGAGAGCGGAAAGUGGAAGACCGUUUCUACCAGAAGAAGAAAAAGAAUUUGUAAAACUCUUCAAUAAACAAAAAUUCAGACCUAGAACAGCUAUUUUAACAGUGUGGUUUGACUAUCCCAAAAACAUGUUCUUCCCACCGAUACCAGCUAAAGAUAAAAUCACUUUCACGAAUAAAGAAGGUAAAAAGGAAACUGGUAACAAAAUCAGGUUCAGAAAUGGUUUCUGUCACGACGUUUUAACAUCGGUCAAUAUUCAAGAAAUAGUGAAAGCCGGUGGACGAAUUAUUAGAAUAUUGGAUGGUAUAGUUUACGAAGAAAAUUUUAAAACUCCACCCUAUAGAGAUUAUAUUUUAAGUUUGAGAGAUCUAAGAAAUAAAUAUAAACGAGAAGGUAAUAUCGUGGGUAGUAAUUGCAUGAAAUUAUUAGGUAAUUCCUUGUAUGGUAAAUCAAUUCAGAAAGAUAUAUUCACAACUAGACAUUUAUGGAAUGAAGCAACUUUACAGGCCAACUUUGAUUCACCUAUGAGAAAAUUAAUGAUACUCAAUAUAUUGUUGAAACAGAAAUUGAAGAAAAAGAGAUUACUACCGAAGAUAGUAAAUCUACACGACUAA